AUGGCUGCUGACUGGUCCGUCUCCCUCAAUGAGCAAGUUGAGCAUUCGUUGAAUGUCGACCUGGUUCACACUCUGAGCCACGGAAGUGUUGUCUGCUGUGUCAGGUUUAGCCACGAUGGCAAAUACCUCGCCACAGGCUGCAACAAAACGGCACAUAUUUACGAUGUUGCUACUGGCAAGACCCUGUGCGAGUUCCACCAUGGGGCUGCCGAUGACGAUGAAGACAUGUACGUCAGAGGUGUGUCCUUCAGCCCGGAGGGCAAGUAUCUAGCCACCAGCGGCGAGGAUGGGCUUGUGCGCGUCUGGGACGUCGAGAGUCAAACGAUCAAACACACCUUGUCAGGCCACAAGAACGACAUUUAUAGUCUUGAUAAUGCCCACGAUGGCCGAACCAUUGCCUCUGGUGGCGGUGACAAGACCGUUCGGCUGUGGGACAUCGAGACUGGUGCUGCCACGCACACCUUUUCUGCCGAAGCAGGCGUCACCUCGGUUGCCAUAUCUCCUGACUCGGCUUAUGUAGCAGCAGGCUCACUGGACGAUAGUAUACGCGUAUGGUCUAUUGAGCAGGGCACUCUAGUCGAUCAUUUGAAGGGCACAGAAGGGCACAAGGACAGUGUCUACUCCGUGGCAUUUACUUCUGAUGGCAAGCAUCUUGUUUCUGCUAGUUUGGACAAGACUGCUAAACUUUGGGGGCUCUCCUCAACCCUGGUUGGCGGUCCUACCCGAGAAGGUAGGUGUCUGAAGACCUUCAACGGUCAUGAUGAUUUGGUCUUGUCCGCCGCACUCACCCGUGACAAUGCAUGGGUCAUAUCUGGGUCAAAAGAUCGGAGCGCAAGAUUUUGGGACGCAGGCACGGGGCGAGCCCAGCUUAAGGUUGAGGGACACGAUAAAACGGUCAUUUCUGUGGCGACUAACCCCACGGGAAACUUCUUCGCAACAGGGUCUGGUGACGGCAGGGCUCGUAUCUGGUCUUACGAGCCUGCAAAUCAGUGA